AUGCCAGAUGAAAGACCACUUUCACACAUCAAGACCUCGCUUAUUAGCGAUGAAUUGAGUCAAAAUGAGAUGGUGGACACUGUCCAUGGUUUGUUUGCUUUGCUAAAUUCAGAAAUUGAAGAACUGCAACAAACUCUAGCUUGUGACUGUAUUUCCAUAUGGAUAACAAAGUGUCUAAAAAUGAACUCUCAGGACUUGGCAUCUCAAUUCACAUUCAAAUACGCAGAUACAGUCUUCUACUACGUCCUUGAUCUUGGAGGAAAAGAUACCGGCCCUCUUGCCAAUUCUUUGUCUGGUCUAUUCACCAAGACUAUCACCAUAUUGAAGAAAUAUCAGCAAAACUUUCAAGAUACUUUCAAGUCGUGGAUCGACAAGACAAUGACUAUUCCUAGUGAUUCCAAGCAAAAGUACAUGCUUAUCGAGAAAGUUGGGAGUAAUAUAGACGACGAGUACAUUGCUUCUCACUACCUGGAAUUCUGUGCUAAUGCCAUACAAACUAUGUCUUCGAAUCGACUUGCGAAUGUUAUAAGCAAGGCACUUUUGACCACCUGGAAACCAUUUCUCAAGACACAAUUCCCCGAAGAAACAGUAAUGCAAUGGCUCAAUGUGUGGUUUGAUACGGUAUUGAAGGGCUUGAAAGAUUUGCAACUUCGUUCAAAUAUAACAACUUACCUCAUGCCACUUUUGUUCAAGCAAUGUCCCUCCUGCUAUACUAUAUUCUUAUCCAGAAUCGAAGGUCCUCUAGGUUUAAGUGAAGAUUCAUCGACUGAUCUUUUGAUUGGAACAUUGAAAAUUGGCCAAGACUUGGGUCUCAAAGGUGCUGAAGGAACUUCCACCAAAGCUUUGUUACCUCUUCUCACACACAGAAAUGGCGACUUUCGAAAUCGAGCAUUACAACUACUUGUAGGCAGCAGAAGAAGCACCGACAAAAUCGACCAAGAGAUAUAUUUCACGAUUAUCUCAGAAAAUUUACUUGCUUUAUUCAUUCUGGAAAACCAGGCAGUGGAAAGUCAGAAUAGCUUCAUCUCCACGAUGAGACAGUUUCUUAUCCGCAUCAGAGACUCAUGCCACACCGCUGAAAAAUCCCGUUCCAACUCUAAGCGACAAAAGGGCAGUGAUACAGAUAACUUGACUCAACAGAUAGAUGAGGCAAAGAAGUUUCUUGUUCAUUUGAUCAAUACAGCCAAGUCCUACAUGGUUCCAGAGUCUUCUUUCUCCCAGCAUAGUUGCUCUUUGCAGCUUAUUGAGCUUAUAAUUGAAGCUAGGGUAUGCCCAGACUUGAAUCCAAAGUCGAAAUUACUAGUGCAAUCGAAGCAUAUGCUCCACAAUAAGUCCAAGUUUCCUUUCUCCAUUGAGGUCUUUGAUGCUGAAUUGAUACGAAUUUUACUCGAUGAUCAUACGAGCAAUUACCGCUAUAUCAGAGAACACAGCGCUCAAAUACUAUUGUCAUAUGACCCGGAAAAACUUUCAAGUAUGAUUCUUCAGCACUAUGAUGUACUAUACAAUCGUGCUCUUGCACUACUUGCUGACCUUAAGGGUCGUUCAAGUGAGGGAGGGGCAUUCAUUAUCAAGAUUUUGGGACAGGUUUAUCUUGAAACUGAGAGAUUCGACUCAUUUUUUGAAAUUUUUCAGAAGCUUGUCCUUCAAUUGGAGCUGAAUAUCAAUGUUCUUAAAGCCAGCGGUUUUGACGAUGAGAAACCCAACAUUGCCCACGGUGCCCUCUCAGCCCUCAGUAUGUUAUGCGAGAGUAUAAUCGAUUCAAAAGAUGUCAAAUUGGUCUCAGAAUUGCACAGCUAUGCCAAUCAAAUAUUGUCCAAUAUCACCAGCAUAUGGGUUUCCGUCCGUCACAAUUUGCAGAACGUGGCUGCGGUUCAAGAAGAGGACUUGCUUCUGGAAAAAAAGGUUGUAACGUUUGGAUGGAAAGCGGUGAAAGAGUCAAGCAAAUUACUUCAAACGUUGAUGACUAUGCAACUCAUGGGGCAGACCAACUUUCUAAAUCAACAAUGGAUUGAGGACUGUGCCUCUACGCUCAUGGAGCAGCUAACAACCAUCAAACAUAGAGGUGCCUUUUCGUCAGUAUAUCCAUGCUUCGUCGCACUUUGCAAUCUUUGCAACAAUUCAUAUCCAGAUAUGCCUUUGAAGUGGCUUGCCAAAAACAUUGAAAUGAUUCAAAACCGAGACCAGCUCAUCAGUCGACGUUCGGGAGGAAUACCGUAUCUCGUCACAGCGAUUUUGACUUCGAAAACUGCCAAUGAAGAUAUACAGAGCAAUACUCUUGAACAUCUACUAAGAAUUGCAGAAGAUCCAUACGAGAAGUUAGAAGACGGCAAGAGAGAUUUACCACAAGUACAUGCUUUCAAUAUCUUGCGUCAAAUAUUCACUGACCCAGCGUUGAGUGCCCAUAACUUCCGCUUCAUUGGAAAGGCAUUAAACCUCUCUUUAAGACUUUUCGUCUCAAAAAACUGGUCAAUAAGGAACUGCUCAAUGAUGCUCUUCUCCACGGUCCACAAUAGAAUCUUUGGUAAAAGUGAAAAAUUACUGGCUCGUCAAUACUUUUCACUUUGUGGUGAUUCAAGCAAGUUUCUAGCUAAGACUUUAGGAGAUCUGAUCAAGACUUCAAAUUACGAUAUGAUGUUCCCCAUUCUACAAAUCUUGUCAAGAAUUUCGUUCCUGGAUGGUGACAGUAACUAUGAAGAGUUUCACCUGCUUCUUUCACAAAGCGUUCGUUCCAGAUCUUGGAAAGUUCGUGAGAUAGGUGCUAAAGCACUUGCUUCAAUUAUCAUUGCAAACCAAAGAAUUGAAGUAGCCCAACAAAUGUUGGAGAGAACUUUAAAAUCCACUGAUAACAAUGAAGCUCAUGGCAACUUAUGUUCCGUACUGGAACUUAUGGAGCUCAUUUCUGACCAGAAGGGACAAUUGCCUGGCACACUUGGUACCUCAGUUGCGGACUUGUGUGUUCAAAUUGUUCUACAGAAUGACUGCUGGACAGUUCGAGGCAAAGCGACAAAGAUCCUUCAAGGAAUAGAAAGACUCAACAAGGAGCACCUUACAGUUCUUCUCGACUUUUUCAAAGAUGAAAUCGAGAAAGUUCAUCGUACUCUCAAUGGAGAGAGGAAAUUGUGCUUGAGAAAUCUACUCGAGCUCUUUUUACGAGAGACCUUCGACGAGAAAUUGGCUUUCUCUUCCAUUCUAGAGUAUGUUUUACAACUAGAUUUCCACGAUGAGCUUAAAGUGCUUGCAAUCGAGUUCUUACUUGAGCACGGUAUUUCAAAUGUUAUUUUGAAUACGGCUUUGGUUGACAACUUGGGAGCAAUUUUGACUGAGUCUAACUGGAGAUAUCUUCAGACCAAGGUCCUUGAGCUUGCACUGCAGCUACCUAUUUACAGCUUACAAUUACCGCUCCAAACUUUGGAGGAAUGGUUCAAAGAUCAGAAUGAUCGAGACUCCAUUGGUCAUGCACUCACCAUAAUGGCAUCUAUGGACUUUGACAAGGCACUCAUGAAUGGCAUAUUGGACAGAGCCCAGAAACUUUUACUGGAAGAAAACUCCGAAAAGACCAGAAAAUCAGGACUCACGACUGUUAUUAGAGUUGCUGAAAACCAAGAACAAGCAUCUGCAAUCAGUUCAAGAGCCUUAAUGAUUGUCUAUGAUUCCCUUUGGGAUGAUAGCGAAGAGCUAAGAUACAUGUGUUCGGAAUACCUUGCUUCAAAAGUGGAAUUGAAAAGCUCUCAAUCUCCAUAUCAUAUAAUGGCCCGGUUCAUUGAUGUCAUUCCAACAUCUACUCACAUCGCUGAAAGUGCCUGCAACUACUUUAUAUCUUGUGAGCCGAGAGUCUCAGAGUGCCUUGCUAACGCAAUUACAAACCGUGAAAGCACAGACCAGCUCUUUGAAAUUGAGGAAGUUAACUUGUACAAGAACAAUAUCGACCGGUGCACAAGUAGCAUAAAGUUGGCUGAACAUGUUAAAGAUGCAAUUUCUGAGACUAGGAUGGAGAAUAUGCUUCAUUUUGUGCGUGAAGACCUCCUGAAAAUUGUUCAACACAUAAAACUAAUGGGAAAGGAUGGUCCAGCUGGUUGGCUCCGCGGACGGUUCGAAUUCGAAAGUGUCUAUUGUACCAUUAUUCGAGCAAAAUGCAUCGAAAAUAUUUUGAAAAGUCACGAAAUACUCGGAGAAUUGCGGCUGUUGGGACCAGAAUUGGAGAUUCACCCUACUAUCGCUAAGCUUCUUGAUUGA